GCUUACCGCUCACUCGGCCAAUGAGCAUCAGCGACACCGGUCCACCUGACGAAGAUCAUUAGGAGGAUAACAAACUGGCCGUGAUUCAUACUUUCCUUCAGACGGUCAGAGGAGCGUCAGUCAGGUGAAAGUCUCCAGAAACAAAGAGCGACGUCUAAACCGAGUUUUUACCACAACUAACAGCUGACAGACCGAGAUGAACCCGCAGAAGCUCCCCGUCACCAUGUGCCUCUGUCUGCUGCUGCUUUGCACCCUGCUGCCCAGCUGUGAGGCGCGUCGCGGUCGCGGAGGUGGUGGAUUCGGUCGGGGCGUAGGAGGGGGAGUCGGUGGCGGCGGCUUCAGCCGUGGAUGGGGCGGUCAGUCCUACAGACCCGCACCUGUCCAAGUCCAGAGAAGUGGUCCGAGUGCGGGGAAAGUAGCCGGAGCGGCAGCUGCAGGGGCAAUAGGAGGAGCGAUGAUUGGGUCAGCCCUGAGCCGACCCGGGUAUGGAUACGGGUACGGGGGGUACGGAGGUUAUGGAGGAUAUGGCGGUUAUGGUGGCUAUGGGGGUUAUGGACCAGGGUAUGGCGGUUACCGUCCAAGGCCCGGCUAUGAGCCUGAGGGUUCUGGAGACAUGGAGUACUACGCUGCAGCGUCCAGUGGGCCCAUCUACAACAGCAUAGUGGUUGUGAUUGGCUUUAUAACCUCCCUGAUGCUGGGAAACUGGGUGGCUGUCAUGUAGACCUGGAGGCCGAGCUGAGAUCCAAAACAAAACUAAAUCAAUAAAUUCAUCCUGAGAGCAAAGAGGAACGUCUUCAAAAUUCAUCUCCAGCCCUUGAAGAUCGUCAUCAGAGUUCCUGAGAAAGGAGGAAGUCCUAACAUGACGUCAUCCAUCAGAAUGAGAGAGAAAUCCUCUUCAGCAUCUCUGAACCCAUUUUAUUUGUGAACUGUUGCCACUGCAUCACACUUUAGCUGCGUUUCCAUUGAUUAUAUACAAUUGGUUCUCCGAUUAAAAUAACAGGAUAUUGCGACUGGCGAAAACCACAAAGAAGACAACAGGAAGUAGAUAAAGGAUGAUGGCGCAGGUGUUUAUUAAUGAUUUAUGAACAAAAUUAUUCACAUGUGAUUUAAAUUAGUUCUUAUUUAAUGGAAACAUCUCAAUUGUGAAAUUGUGAUUUUCAACAUUAGUGAAAUAUUGACUCAUAUUUGUAAUGGAAACGCACCUUCUGUCCUCCUUGAAUGUGGUCAGAUGAGCUCAGGUUCGACCUACCUCAUAACAUCGUGAUGGGAGAGCAUUUAAAAGCAGCUACACUUUAUAUCAUUGGUUAAUGUACAUCUUAAAUUAUUCAUAGUUGUGAUUCAGUUGAUUCAUCUGCAUAAAGUUAAUAUUUUGAGUAUUUGGCUUAAUUACUAAAUUAAUAUGAGUAUUUACUUUGCUCAGUUAAAGUACUAAUCAAUAAUUUAAGGACUCAUUCUCAUUCAUCUUGAAUGUUAGUGUCCUACUUUUGCAGAUUUAUGUGUAUAUGUAUUUAUUUGUAAAUGUCUGCAUGUAUUUUCUUGUUUCGCUGUAUACCAUUAAUAAAAAAAUACAGAAAAUUG